UAUUGAAUAUGCUAUCUUGAUAGUAGUUGAUGACUGAGAAAACCAUGACAUCUGAACAAGCAGCUGCUGCAGCAUAAAUAAAGAAAGUAGUGUACAAAAAAAGGCAAAAAAAAAAUUAAAAAUAUGGAAUGUUGAGAGAUAGUGGAAGUCUUGAUCAUCAGCAUCAGCUAUCUGUUGGAGACUGAUCAAAAAAGGUAAAGAAAGAAGAAGAAGAGAAUAAUCAGAUGGGAAUAAGGAGUAAAGCUGCCCACUUUGUAUCUGAUCUUACCACAGUUCUCCUCAACCCCAUUUCAGACAAACCUUCUUCCAAACCCAACUCCACUACCCCUGCUCACCCUGAAGAAAAAUCUGAGUCUGGAGGUAGUAAAGCAGACUCCGUGUCAGAUGAGGAUGAGGAUUCUGAGGACUCUGGUGAUGGUCCUGAUACAUCUUCUUUUACUGCAUUCCUAGUCUCCUUACUUUCAUCUUCAGAGUCUGGUCGAAGGCCCGAAUCUGCUGGGGAAAAUGCGUACCAGGAGGACCUGGCUGAAUCGUCAGAUGUGCCGAUACUGAGAGAUAGUGGCAGAAAAAGAAGUUUAUUCUCUAGGGGUAAACAAACCCUUAACAGAAUCUACCACUCUGCUAGAUUACCUGGCUUUCGAAGUCAAGGAUCAGCAAAGAGCAGCUCUCAAAUGGUGGUCGACAAUGCAAAUAAAUCUAAAGUUUCCGCGGAUGAAGAGAUGUCUACACAAAAUUUGGAUGAGCCAAUGCCUUUGGACGAGUUUCCAGAAACUUCUGAACCUUCAUUGCUUCUCUCUGAAAAGACUCGAAGCGUUCUAUUUGCUUCUAUGCCUGUUCUUGUUCAGGGGAGGAAAUGGUUGUUAUUAUACAGUACAUGGAGACAUGGGAUAUCACUUUCAACUUUAUAUAGAAGAAGCAUGCUUUGGCCUGGUCUCAGUUUGCUGGUUGUGGGAGACCGCAAGGGUGCUGUAUUUGGUGGUUUAGUUGAGGCACCCUUAAGAGCUACAAGCAAGAAAAGAUAUCAGGGCAGCAAUAAUUCAUUUGUUUUCACAAACAUAUCUGGUGAUCCUGCAAUUUUCCAUCCCACAGGUAUGAACCGCUAUUUCACCUUGUGCUCGCCUGAGUAUUUAGCUCUGGGUGGUGGCAGUCAUUUUGCUCUGUACUUGGACGGCGAUCUAUUGACCGGAUCUAGUUCAGCUUCAGAAACUUAUGGAAACUCUUGUCUAGCACACACCCAAGAUUUUGAUGUGAAGGAAGUUGAGUUAUGGGGUUUUAUAUACCCUUCAAAGUAUGAAGAGAUGGUCUCGCUGUUGCGAACAGAGGCACCAGGAAUUUGGCGCUUGUAGCAGGUUGACUUGCAAUUCUAUGUAACACUCUCUCAAGUCCAGCUCUUGUACCGCUGAUUCACAAACUUGGGGCUGGAAGAUUAAUGUACAUAUACUAGAAAAUAUAAAUAUGCUAUAUGUUGAAGCCACUUUUCAGCUGUAAAGAUUUGCUCUGCCUUGUAUAUAAAGUGCCAAUUUUGGGCUGAGUGUUUGCAACAAACUUGUUUGGUAAUAAUAAUGUUAGUGAAGCUUUUUUUGGUUAA